AUGGCCUCCUUUGAAAUCACGGAACAAGUUAAGGAACAUCACUUCCUCUCAGAGCAGCGUGCUCAGGAUGAAUGGGGAGAGGCUAUACUUGUAAGUGGCCGUGUUGUCACAGAUCUGCAUUAUGGUCCUGACUCACUUGGAAUACCUAAUGUUACAGAGCCCCAGAGGACAGAAAGUCCUCUUACAAGUAUAAAUUUUGAACCCCCUGAUGGUGGCCCUGUAAAUAAAGGCAAAUGGCAAGGUGGGAGCAUAAUCAAUAAGAUACAGUGGACUCCACAAAAGCAAAAUCAAACUCCAGUAAAUAUCAUGUAAGGCAGGGGUAGGAAAACCUUCAGCACUCCAGAUGUUGUGGACUACAUCCCCCAUAAUACUCUUACACCCAUAAUCCUGAUGACAAAGCAUCAUGGGUGGUGUAGUCCAAGACAUCUGGAAUGCCAAAGGUUGCCUAUGCCUGAUGUAGGGCAUAGUUCUGAAGGGAAACACUUAUUUGAAUAAAUGUUUUCAUGUUUACAGUUUUACCAAAUAUUUUAUAAGAUAAUAUUGUGUAACUAUGUGAUCCCAUAGCUCCAGGCAUUUUAAAUGUAAGUACAGUUUAUAAAUCUAAAUAAAUUAUUCAGUAUUAAAACAAGUUUGCAAUUUGCUGAAAUUAAUAUUAACAAGCAAAUUCUAAAGAGAGAGAAAAUUCCGUAAACCCCCAACAGAGCCAGUGUCCUAUCUGUUAGGGGUUUACAGGGUACCCCUCUUUUUCACUGUUGCGCUCUCCCAGUGGUCAGCCAGAUAGCUUGGAGAAUGCACUUACUCAUCACUUUGUGCAAUGCUUCUUAUAGAAAGAUUCAAUGCUUGUCUAUGAGAAGUACUGCUGGCUAAUCUUGGAAAUUGCUUCUCUACGAGUAUGUGUACAGAUGUCUUCUCUGGGCCCUGGUGAGUUUGGCUCCAGAAAAUUGUCCCUGCAGACCUGCCUUCUAAAUUUCAUGGUAGGUACCAGCUCUACUAGCACGGCCAAGAACACGGCCAAGAACACGGCCAAGAACAGCUUCAUGGCGCCUGCAAGAGCUGCGGGCGUUGAUGAGCCUGCUACACUGCCAGUAGUUCUGCAUCUGAGUGAAGCAUUCGUUUAG